ACCGCCACCAUGGCGAUCCAAAAGAAGCACGGAAAAGGUCGUCUCGACAAAUGGUACAAGCUUGCCAAAGAAAAGGGCUACCGCGCUCGUGCCGCUUUCAAAUUGAUCCAGCUCAACAAGAAAUACAACUUUUUGGAAAAGAGCAAGGUCCUUGUGGAUCUUUGCGCUGCGCCGGGAUCAUGGUGUCAAGUCGCUGCCGAAGUCAUGCCCGCGAACUCUUUGAUCAUUGGUGUGGAUCUGUCUCCCAUCAAGCCGAUUCCUAGAUGUAUCACUUUCCAGAGCGAUAUCACCACGGACAAAUGCCGAGCGACUAUCCGCCAGCAUCUCAAGACCUGGAAGGCCGACACUUUCCUUCACGAUGGUGCCCCCAACGUUGGUACCGCUUGGGUUCAGGAUGCUUUCACACAGGCCGAGCUGGUAUUGCAAUCCAUGAAGCUGGCCACGGAGUUCUUGGUCGAAGGUGGAACAUUCGUGACGAAAGUCUUUCGCUCCAAGGAUUACAAUGCCUUGAUCUGGGUCUUCAACCAGCUUUUCACAAAGGUCGAGGCCACCAAGCCGCCUUCCUCCCGUAAUGUCAGUGCCGAAAUUUUCGUCGUCUGCCGAGGCUUCAAGGCCCCGAAGCACAUUGAUCCGCGCUUUCUCGAUCCCCGCACCGUUUUCCAAGAACUCGCAGAUCCUAUCCCCAAUAACGAGGCCAAGGUGUUCAAGCCUGAGGUCAAGAAGCGGAAGAGGGAGGGUUACGAGGAGGACGACUGGACGCAGUUCAAGGAAGCUCCCGUAAGCGAAUUCAUCAACACAACCGAUCCCAUCGCGAUGCUCGGAGGACAUAACAAGCUGAGUUUCGCCCAACCGCCCAAUGGUGAUGUCGCUAUCGCCACUAUCGACAAGCUGCCAGAAACAACAACCGAAGUAAGAAACUGCUGUGCCGAUCUCAAAGUCCUCGGUCGUGCCGAUUUCAAAAGAUUGCUGCGGUGGCGUUUAAAAGUGCGGGAUAUCUUUGGCUUCGCGACUAAGAAACAGGCAAAGGAAAAGGAAGCUGCUGAAGCAGCAGCAGAAGAGGUCGCGGAGGUGGAAGAUAUGGAUGAGGAAAUGCAGAUCCAGGCAGAGAUGGAACGCUUGAAAGAGCAAGAUUCCAAGAAGAAGAAGAAAGCUCGCCGCCAGGAGAACGAACGCAAGCAGAAGGAGAUUGUGCGCAUGCAGAUGAACAUGACUACUCCUUUUGAGAUUGGUUUGGAACAAAACGGGCCUCAGGGCGAAGACUCCAUGUUCGGUUUGAAACAGGUCGACAAAGCUGGCGCUCUUUCCAAGGUUGCUCGCGGAAAGAUGGCAACAGUCGUGGAGAAAGAGAAGGUGGAAGAGUCGGAGGACGAGGAAGAGACCGACGAUGAGGAAGAUAAACUUGAGCGAGAACUGGACUCCAUGUACAGUGACUACGUGGAACAAAAAUCCGCCCGCGACGCCAAAUAUCGUGCGAAGCGCGCAAGAAAGGAGGACGAAGAUGGCGAAUGGCACGGUUUUUCAGACUCAAAUAAGGAGGAAAGCAGCGAUGAAGAGCUAGUAGAGGAUCAAGAUAGUGACUGGAGUGACGAAGACGAGGAGGCACCGAAGUCACUCAUUACCGAUCUCGAACGGAACGGCACGACAAAGAAUGGUCUCACUACGCGCGCCGCAAGAUUCUUCGAGCAAGACAUUUUCAAGGGUAUAGAUGGGUUAGAGGAUCUAGAGGACGAACCAGAGGAUGAGGACAGCGGUAUCGAUGUCGAAGAAGCUACACAGCAGAAGCCUUCUGCUUUGCAACCAGAGCCCACUACCGUAGUCAAGAAGACGAAGGUUAUAGCACCACCCCAGGACGACGAAGAAUCUUCUGAGGAAGAGCAAGACGAAAACGCCAUUGAGGAGGUUGCUCGUGACGAAUCUCAAUGGGAACAAGAUAACACGCCAAUGCGUAACGGCCGCCCAGACGUUGACAUUAUCACUGCUGAAGCUAUGACCCUAGCUCACCAACUUGCUACCGGCAAAAAGACCAAGACCGAUCUUCUUGAUGACAGCUUCAACCGAUAUUCCCUUCGCGAUACUGAGGGUAUGCCUGACUGGUUCCUCGACGAUGAGAACAGGCACUCUAAGCUUCAGAGGCCCACUACUGCCGCUGCUGCUGCCGCCAUCAAGGAGAAGAUGCGCGCUCUUAACGCUCGUCCCAUCAAGAAGGUGCGAGAGGCAAAGGCGCGGAAGAAGUUCAAGGCAGCUCAGCGAAUGGAGAAGUUGAAGAAGAAGAGUGCGAUGUUGGCGGACGAGGAAGGCCUGACGGAGAAGGAGAAGGCGCAGAGUAUUGCACGAUUAAUGAGUCGCGCGGCGAAGAAGAAGCCCAAGCAGAAGGUGUCUGUCGUUGUGGCGAAGGGUUUCAACAAGGGCAAAGGCAGACCCAAGGGCACCAAGGGUAAAUACAAGAUGGUGGAUGCAAGGUUGAAGAAGGAUGUUAGGGCUGAAAAGAGGCUGGCGAAGAAGAAGAAAUGA